UUACAAUAUAUGAGACGAAGGUUAUAAGUUCAACAUAAUGUGGAAGAACAGAAUUUUAACAAUUGACGUCACCUAAAAAAAUCCACAUUAAUAAGAAACAUCACUUUAGACGCUCGGUUUGCUAACUUUAUAGCUAUUCGCCAGUAAGAAAAUAUUUGUCCUGACAUUUAAAUAAAGACGCACGUAACAUAACUAAGCACAUAAUAUGCGUAAAGACCUACAGUUGUAAAAGUUUUACUAAUUAAAGUCGCCCCCGGUGGGUUUCCUCUCCCAACUCUUUCCGUCGCCCUCCCCGCUGACGUUACGCACGCUGCCGUGGCGUGCCUGCGAGCUGAAUAACAUGGAGUCCUCCGCCUGGCACCUCCGAGGAGGGAUCCUAUCAAAAAAUCCGAGCGGCAACUAGAGACCAGUGGGCGAGCUGGUCCGCGCGGAGCACGGCGGAGCCUCCCGCGAGCAUCGGCGCGGCUCGUAAAGCUCCGGAUCCCGGCCCAGAAACUAUGACGGACGGUGCUUAAAGACGGUGUCAGCCUCGCUGUGCGACCCGCAAACCAGGCCGAUUUCAACUCAGAAGAGGUUGCACAAUGUAGGGAGGCUGUUUGCCGGUGGGACUCCAUACUGUCCUCUGGGGGACCAUGGAGCCAGAUGGGCAGCCCCUAACCCCAGGGACCAGCAAUGGGCCCCUAUCCUACGGUUCAGCACAAAAUUCUACCGCCGCUAACUUCCUCAGCUGCAGCUUAGAGUCCUCAUGUUCUCCAAAUCUGAGCGACGGCUUGAUGACGGCCGACUGCGCAUGGGAGCUAGAUGGAGAGGACGACCCAGAGCGGGCGGCCGCAGACCCACAGAGGGAUGCACAGAGGAGAUUCAAGUCCUCAGCCUUUCCUUCCUCUCUGAGCUGGGACUCGGACUCAGAGAAGGAAGCUCUGGAUGAGGAGGAGCUCCAGAACUUUUCCAACCCUCACGGUCUGGCCACCCACAGCCCGGGAUCUCCUUCUGCCGGACUCAGGCUUGAUGUUGAAGAUGACCAGGAAUUUGAAAAACUGCAUUCCUUCAGUAGUACGACUGACACAUCCAUCCCUGCAGAGGGGCGUAGUGACAACAAUGAGAGCACAAACAAAGAGGAGCCAAAUACAAGUCUACUUGGCCAAAUAGAAUCAGCAGAUAACAGAGUCUGGAGCGUAUCUGAGGUUGCUGAGCCAUUUCUGUCCAAAAGAAAACCAAAGCAAGCCUCCCCGAAGGAGGAGGAGGCUGACAGCGGCGAGGGAGAGACAAAGCCYAGGGGAAAUGAAGCCAGAGAGCCYGAGAGAGAUGUUUACACCUUCCCCGGAGACUCCGACCCAGAGAGUCCACCUCCUGCUCCAUGGGCUCACUGCACUUUUAUUCAGCGGUGCAGAAGAAAGAGGGCGCUGCUCAGACCCUUCUCUGGGAUUGGAUCACCCGAAACCCACAAGUCGGAAAGACUGAGCCCUCAAACAUCUAAAACUGACGAGACUGCGGCGCUCAGUCGAGCGGCAGAGGUCUACGAAUUUGAGGAAGUCAGUUUUGWCGACGGCGAGACAAAGUUCAGAGACAACGACGGGAAGGAAGUAGAGGCGGAGGAAAUCGGGUUGGACGCGGGUAACGAAAUCUUCACCUGUGUGGAGUGUAGCAUUUACUUCAAAAAGCAGGUUCACCUGCAGGAGCACAUGACCGAGCACUGCCAGAUCUCCCCCGGUGGAGGCAGGCGUUCAGGCAAGGGCAGCCGCUUGCGAUGCGCCGAGUGCGGAUGGAACCUGCCGAACCGCCCAGCGCUGGCCGACCACCAAAGAAGGCACCAGGAGUCCCGUCUCAAGAUCCUGGAGGAGAUUGAGAAACUGAACGAAAACGAAAAGGCAAAAGAAUCUGAUGCACUGGAGAGCAGAGCAGUGAGGCACGGGUCCGCUGACCCAACUGUUGCACAAUAUACAGGCGAAAUGUCAGACGGAGAUAUGGGGAAAUCUCCUUCUGUGUCCACGGCUUCAUUUUCAGUUCAGGACUCAGUCCCUGCCGUCAUCGACGUGGACUCUGUGGCCCCGAGUUCGAGUUCAGUCCGAAGUCCAGCAGCGGCCCACCGCCGUCGCUUUGUCUGCACCGAGUGCAACUUUAGCACAAGAACGUCCCAGGCUCUGGCUAAUCACUCCAAGAUUCACAAGAGAAAGAAGCAGAUCCUCCACCCGCACCCCAGUCAGAAAGUACUGAGAGAACGUGGGAAGAUGUCAACUAAGCAGGACAAUGAGGCCAGCCAGUCUUUAACGUCUAAUGCACAAAUAUUAAACCUAGCCCCAGAUUGCCGCUACCUCUCUGAGUGCGGAUCUCCGCUCAACGCKGCUCCCGUUACAAACCAGGUGGACAUCACUGCCUCCGAGGACAGUACGACAUCGGACCACGUUGCCAACAGGAGAUUCARGACAGCAGGGAAGCCUUGCGCUGAUCGGUCCAAGUUUGAUCCUGGGCCAGAUGAUGUCAUACUGCCUGGGARUGAAGCGGAAGAGCAGAAAUGUGAUCUCAGCGACAAACCUAAGCCAUCCCUGCGAGAGGCAAGCUCACCUGUGGGAAGGAAGCUGCACAACACUGAGGAGUCGUCACCGCAACAUGAGGCAACCUUAUCAACACCUGCCAAGAAGAGUGCAAAGGACCAAGACAAACAGGAGGUGCCGAAAGACAGAAAGGUUUUCUUUUUGAGGAGAAGCAGCAGGGUCACAGUAACCCAGGCGCAAACUGACAGCGAUGAUGAUGAUGAUGAUGAUGACACUGACGAGGAGCACAUGCAGUGUUUCCUGUCAGAGGGCGUUUUUGAGAAAGAUGCGGACGAGAUUGACGAGGACUCGGAGGCGCUGAGGAGCGUGGAGAGGAAGUGCCCCUACUGCCCCGAUCGAUUCCAUAACGGAAUUGGUCUUGCCAAUCACGUGAGAGGCCACCUGAAGCGAGUGGGCGUCAGCUACAACGUGCGACACUUCAUCUCCCCCGAGGAAGUCAACGCCAUUGAGAAGAAGUUCUCGUAUCAGAAGAAGAAGAAGAAAGUUGCCAACUUUGACCCAGACACAUUCAGCUUGAUGCACUGCGAGUUCUGCAGCGCUGGUUUCGACACACGGGCCGGCCUGUCCAGUCAUGCCCGGGCUCAUCUCCGUGACUUUGGGAUUACUAACUGGGACGUUACCAUCUCACCUAUCCACAUUCUGAGGGAGUUGUUCUCCAGCAGGCCAGAUCUGGUGAUUCCUACGGAUCCCCCACGCAGUCUUGGGAGCUCCUCAGAGGAAGAUGAGGAGGAAAAUUGCGAUGAGGGAGACUCAAAAGAUGGAGGAAUUAUUAAGGAUAUCGUCCACGCAGGAAGAAGGGGGAAGGAGUGAAGGACUGUGAAGGUGA